AUGAUAGGUUUCAGAGAAAGAGAAAGGACAAGAGAGAAGAGACUUUCUUUAACAAGAGCUUCAAUUUUGUUGUUGUGGAUCUUCUUAGUUUUUGCUCUAUUAUUAACAUUGUUUUAUUCCAUCAACAACGAAACCAACAACAACAACAACAAGAACCAUUCAUUUAGGUUACUCAGACAACAGCAGCAACAGCAACAACAACGUAGUUUCAACAAAGCACUAUUGUUUCAUGCAACUUCAAAAUCAAGAACAAGAACAAGAACCACCGAUCUUGAUGAUCAAGCUGGUCCUCCGGAGAAAUCACUUUAUGGUAACGAGAAAAGAUUAAUUCACACCGGUCCAAACCCACUUCACAACUAG